AUGCUUGGCGGAGCACAGCUGCUGUCUUCCAGUUUCUGGCCGCUUUUCCUCCGGUUUUUCCCAAUUGCGGUCUUCUUCGCGACUGGCUUGUCGCUGAAGAUGAUGGCCGUAAAUCAUUUUCAGGCCGGGACAAUCAAAAUCGUUGGCCAGCUACGGUUAGCCUUGGUGGCUUUGGCCUCCACCCUGAUGCUCGCGCGAUCGUACACCAUCAAGCAAUGGAUUGCCAUAGCCUCUGUGACCACUUUCUGCGUGCUGUUUGUCCAGCAAAAAGGACAGGGAAGGAGCCAGCAGGGAAAGUCAUGGAAAUGGAAUGGGCUGUCUCAACUUCUUGGGUGGGUUUGCAUGAAUGUCAUUGGCGGCACGCUGGCGGAGAAGACGUACAAGCGAAGUGUUGGCCCGUAUUACGUCCAGAAGGUGGCUCAGGAUUUGGGACACUUCCUGACAUCCGCUAUGAUGCUUCUAGUGGUGGUUCCGCGCUUUAAUCCGGGCGAGGAGUCCUCUGCUGUCAUCUCCGCUGGGCUUAUGCAGAUCAAGUACUCAAAUCCCGCUCGCUGCCGCUUUCCAGCUGAGUUGGAACGGCCGUUCCGGGCGACUGGACGCAUUUUCGUUCUCUGGAAGUUCAACUUCAGCACCGGCCUACUACCGGCCCUUUCGGCCUCUCCAGUGACACCGCCCUUGCGACGCCUAUACCAGAAGGCCCUGGGUACUCGCAAGCGGGCAAGUCCCAACAGCACACGGUGGUCCCUCAUUUUGAGCGCUCUUGCCUUAUCAGCAUCCUCCCAGUCCAGUGGUGGCUCCAAAAAAUGCAAAGGCAGCUAUGCGAAUCCGGUCGUCAAUUUGUGCUCAGACCACUGGCCCGAUGCAAAGUCAACACGUGUUUGGAUGGUAGUUUUCUACACCUCAUGGUGUGGGCAUUGCCGUGCUCUGGAGCCCAAGUACAAGGAACUCGGAAAGCUAUUAAAGAACGACAAGAACAUUGGCAUCGGCGCGGUGGACUGCGACAUUGAUAGGGCCACCUGCUCAAAGUACGGGGUCAGCGGAUUCCCUGCCCUCAAGGCCAUCAUAGGUGGAAAGGGCAAGUCAUAUAAUGGUGCCAGGGAGACGGAGCCCAUGAAGGUAUGGAUUGAAGGUGUUGCCAAGAAUCGAGGAACCAAGGGUGGAAGCGCCAAGUGCGCAGUUGGAGUCUUCAAGAGCCGUGUCAAAGAUGCAGUGGUGCCACUGUGUGAAGAGCACUUUCCAGAUGACAAGGCUAAAAAUGACUGGCUAGUUCUUUUCUACAGUUCCCAGAGCUCAAGCAGUGCAGAUCUGAAGGAGGUUCUGCACAGACUUGCUGUUGACCUGGGCAACGACCCUCCUGACAUGAGCAAGUCGCUGAAGAAGCCCAAGAAGAAACGCGAUCGGCUUGAGUCCCUGGCAGAAAAGUAUGAAUUUGCAGUUGAAUUGCCCAAGAAAGGACCGUUCGGUAUGGAUGCUUUAGCGAAGGUCGGCGGAGUUUGCUGUGAUUGCAAUGAAGAUGCUGCUGCCUUUUGUGCCAGCUCUCUCAGAAUUGGUGAGGAAGACGUGCAGGCUCCUCAAGUUUUCUGGGUGUCCAAAGGGCAUCGCGAACUCCUGAAAGAUGCCGAGAUGUCUGCAGGAACUCUUAGCAAGCUUGCAGUGAUGAAGCUCGGAUUCCUUCCCGGCGCGAGGGCUGAGCUUUGA